AUGGUCGCCAUCACCAUCUCCCUCUCUGUCACACACUGUCCACACCCUAUGUCCUUCUAUCCUGCCUCUCUCUCUCUCUCUAUCUCUCUCUCUCUCGCCACUCCGUAUGUCCAUCUAUCAUGUCCCUCUCUCUCUUUAUCUGUCUCUUUCUCCACUCCCUAUGACCCCCUAUCCCGCCCUCGCUCUCUUUCUCUCGCACCACUCACUUCGCCCCUCUAUCCUGCCUUCUAUUUUUCUCUCUCCCCACUCCCUAUAUCCUGCCCUCUCACUUUUUCUCUCUCUCACUCUCCCCACUCCCUAUCUCCCUAUAUCCUGCCCUCUCACUCUUUCACUCUCUCACUCUGUCCACUCCCUAUGCCCCUCUAUCCUGUCCACUCCCCCUUUAUUUCUCUCUCUCUCCACAAACUCCCUAUUUCCCUUUAUCCUGUCUUUCUCUCUCUCUCUCUCUCUCUCUCUCUCUCUCCACUCCAUAUGUCCCUCUAUCCUGCCCUGUCUCUCUCUUUCUCCUUCUCCCCACUCCCUAUGUCUAUCUAUCCUGCCUCUCUCUCUGUCUUUUUCUUUCUUUCUCUCUCAUCUUUCUGUGUCCCUCUAUCCUGCCCCCGCUCUCUCGACCCCCUCCCUCUCUCUUUCUCUCUCUUUCUCUCACUCUCUCUCUCUCUCUCUCUCUCAGUCUUACUAUCGAUUGAGAAUUUCCUGGAUAUUAUUUACGUUGUAAUUCUACUUUCCUUUCCCUGUCUCUUCCCAAACUACUCUCUCCUAAUUCAUAUUCGCUCUUCACUCUCCCUCUUUCUCUCCCUCUCCAUUCCUUCAACAGAGAGAGAGGGGGAGGAAGAGAGAUAUAGCUACAGAAUUCAUAGGCUUGACAACAAUUUGUAA